CAUCGAAGGAACAAAAUUGUAGAAUCGAAAAUUCUUAUUCUCGAGAUUCACAAAUAGAUUAUAUCGGUUCUUCAUCAGCUUAUCGUUAAAUGAUCUUUGAAUCAUACCAAAUAGUUUAUGUUUCUGGGAUGGGCCACUACUUUUUUGGGUUUUUUUUUGCCCGAUGUGAUUUUUCGAAUAAAAUUGUUUACAUUUUCUAAAAUUCAGAGAUAUAAGCCAAUCGUCUAUAAGUCUUCUUGUGGAUUGCUUUAAAAUAUCAUCAACAAAUGACCCAAUCAGAUGAACAAGUGCUCGAAAAGCCUGUGCUUUUGAUCCCAAAUGUUUAUGAUGAAGGAUUCAAACCAGAAAAUGAUGCCUAUACACUAAUAUAUGACUUACCUGUCUCUGUUACAUCUGUUGACUGGAGUGGUAAUCUAUUAGCUUAUGGUCAUGAAAAUGGUGUCUCAGUUUUAACCCCAAUUCCAAAAGACACUCAAAUAUCAAAGAAUCUACCAAGCUCUCUACAGCAAGAAUGGGUCUUUCAGGUGACUAAUAUCCCAUUACAUUCACUAGUCACACAUAUCAAAUUCACAAGUAAAUAUCUUGUUGCAUGCCAUGAUGAUAACACAAUCACACUAAUUAAUCAUUUAGAUGAAUCAAAGGUAAGAUUAGGCGUUGAAGGGACACAAACGCACACAGGAGAGAUCAAUUCUGUUGAUAUAUCAGACAAUGGUACAAUUGUAUCUGCAGCUGAUGAUAAAACUGUUAUUGUAUGGGAAAGAGAAGAGAGUCGCGUGUUUUAUUUGGAUAAUAUUGCAACAUUGGUCAAAUUUUGGACAGAUAAAGAUGGCGAUAAAAUUAUCGUUGUGGAGAAUGGAAACACCGUUAAAGUAUUAGACUAUAAAAAGAAUCAAUGGCUAUAUACAAUUUAUCCGUUGUCAUACUCAGCAAAUGCUCAACCAAGUAUCAAUGAUGUAUUAAUUCAUAAUGAUAGAGUUAUUGUCGUGGGUAAUGGAUGGUGGAAAGAAUAUGACACAGAAGUUUUGAAUAAUGGUGCAGGUUACACUCUACCGAAUGGAGAAAGCCAGCUUGCAGGAUGGCUACUCAAUUCCAAAUACAUUUCUUCCAAAUCGAAACCCUUGAUUGGUGGUAUCAGCAAUGAUAGAUCAUCAUUUUAUGAUCUCGCAGCAAACUCGAAUCAGGUACAUCAAUUCAAGUUACAGAUUCCUUCAAUUGAGGUCCCAGCAGGAUCAAUCAAUCAUGACGGUGUUGUUUUAUUUGCUUCUGGAUCUAAAUUGAUCUUGGUGAAGCCUUUUGAUAGUUACGAGGUUGUUCAAUAUUCCUGA